AUCUGAUGGUGACAUUUGCAUUCGCGCACGGUCCGAAACACAUUUUAAAAACACGCGUUUGAUGUGCGUAAAACGGAAUAUUUCGCUAAAAUGGUUACGAAUACGUUCACAAAAUACGCCAAAUAUACGGUAGAAGAGCUAGAGUCGUACGUCGCGGAUCCCAAUUCGUGUGUGCAAAAGCUGGAGUGGACAAACCUGGUUUCCGUACUGCCGAAGUAUCUGGGCAACAUCUGCGACGGGGUGAGGGCUUGUCUGACGCAAAAGAUCGGAAAGUACGACCGGUCGGUCGAUGGAAUCAUUCUGGCGUUCAAGAACACCAAAAUCCUGAAUCAUUUGUCGGCCAUCCGCCCGAAUAGUGUCCGGAGCCACGUAAAGGUUUCGACCGAUUUCUACGUGUUUCGUCCGGUGAGUGGCGCCACUAUCGAGGGAACUAUUAAAUAUGUAUCGAAGAAUUACCUCAGCGCGGUCAUCUAUCGGGUGUUUAACGUUACGAUUCGGUUGCAACGGCAAAAGCUGCAUGAGAUCAAACAGGGCCGGGUGAUCAGCUUCAUUGUCAAAUCGUACGAUAUGAAGAGUGACCUGCCGUAUAUUGAGGGAGAACUGAUUACGGCACCAGACGAACAACUGCCGGAAUUUGAAGAACAUAUCGUGAAAAAGGAAAAAUCUUCGAAGAGGCAAACGGGAAUUAAGGCAGAGCCAAUGGAUGUUCAGGAAGAAGUUACCGAAGUGAAGACCAACACAGAAACUAUUUCGAUUCCGCAUCGGAUUCGGAGCAAAACGGAACCGGCAACCGAAGAGUCCGAAUCGGAUGAUGGUGAUGAAGAUGCCGAUGAUGUCAAACAAUCAAUGAAAGCUAUUCUAGAUAAUCUUCAAAAGGAAAUGAGCGACGCCGUGGAUUCUGCCUCGGAAAGUAUCGAAAAGUCGGAGAUAUCGCCGGCAAAGGAACAGGAUGCGAACAAAAAGACGAAACGAAAGAAAGGUGAUGAUUCUACUGUGGUCAAGAAAGAGAAAAAGUCAAAACAGACCAAACAGAAUGGACAUACAUCUAAGGUCAAUGGAGGCAACCCCAGUGAUAGCAUAGAAUAUUCCAUCAACGCCAUUUUGAGCGGGAUCGAAAAGGAAAUGAGCGAUAUCACAGAUUCGGAUUACAGUUCCUCUAAACAGGAUGAUUCGAAAGUGACAACGCCGUCACGCGGCAAGGCUGAGAGUACCAGCAAGAAACAAAAACCUAAAAAGGUAGACGAACCCAGUUCAUCCAAGAAAGCAAACAAGCGGAAACACGCCAAAAUGAACGGGCACAGUUCCGGGAAUGCCGCCGGCCAGCAUGAAGACAUGGAAGACUCAAUCCAAGCCAUUCUGAGUGGCAUCGAAAAAGAGAUGAGCGACGCAACAGAUUCUGAUCGUGGCACUUCCAGACUAAAUGAUACCACGGAAGUACCGUUUGCCAAACCGUCUCCAAGUAAAAAGAAAAAGAAAAAAUCAACCAUCGAUUCAUUGGAGAAGGAAUUGUUACUGAAACUGGCGGCUGAAUAUAGCGAGCAGGAUUCGCAUCCUGCUGAACCGGUAGAAACGCAAAAAGAGCCAGAAAAAUCUCCCAAGAAAAAGAAGAAGAAAACCAAAGUCAGCAGAGAGGACGAUUUCGAGGCUUCGAUCAUGUAUUCCAUCCUUAAGUGUGCUGCUCUGGCGGAGGAGAGCGAACCGAAGAAGAACAAUCCUGCCUCGUCACCAGCGAAGAGAAAAACGGGUAAAACGACGGCACGGAAAUCCGUACGAUUCGAUAGUACCAUCACCGAAGCGUCGUUCAAUGCUCUCGAUUCGUCCGAAUUACUAGAAAUAUCGCAACUUCAGUCACCGACGCUAUCCUCCACGCUGAAGGGUAGCUCAUAGAAGAUUGCGACGCGUGUAGAUCGAGAUGCGUAUGUGCUGUAGUUAGUUGUGAGACAUUUUACGAGGUUUAACUCAUUUAGCCAUUAAGUUUUCCUUCUGAAUAAACAUUUUUGUCGUUUA